AUGCGUCUAGUCACUCUACCCCGUGGAUAUCGUGAAUCUCUUCCCCGUCCCUCAUGUCUCUUCGCUGACAAGCCUCGCGGACAUUCCAAAAAGUAUCCACGUUCCGUCUCACAUAAACCGCGAGACCUGGCAGGAGUACUACGUACACGUCUUAUCUCAAAAAGAGUGUUCAUGGAUGAUCUUGAACUAUUUUUUCCACGCAUGCUACCAUGA